AUGGAGCGAAAUACACAAAAGGCAAGCGAUGGCGACGAAUCACACGGGAACGGCAUCGAAGCAUUCAAUCUGCUGAAGACUCUCGGUAAGGGCAGUUACGGCACUGUAUAUCUCGCUGAGAAGAAGAAGAACAAGGACCAAGUGUACGCUAUCAAGGUGCUGCAGAAGGAUACGGCUAUCCAGAAGAACAUUGUAAGCAGAACCAUCAGAAUCAUUCACCGUGAUCUGAAACUUGAAAACGUCAUGCUGAGCAGUGAUGGACAUAUCAAAAUAACAGACUUCGGUGGGAGCAAAGUAACCCUGGGAGCCACAACAUCAACAUUCGUCGGCACGACUGAAUAUAUGGCCCCGGAAAUGGUCAGAAGGACAGCUUACAACGCGUCUGUUGACUGGUGGGCUCUUGGCGUUCUGAUGUUUGAGAUGAUGUUUGGCUGUGUGCCCUUUAGAGGCGCAGCAAAAAAGGUGAUAUUCCGAAACAUUAAAGCCCAGCCGGUGAUAUUCCCAGACACCAACUGCAGUAAACACUGCGAAAGCGUGUUGCUGAGUUUGAUGCACAAAACUGUUAAGCAGCGUCUGGGAUGCACGGCUGGGUCGCAGGUACAAACGCAUCCGUUUUUCGAGUCAAUACGGUGGGAGGCGCUAGAAAGGGGCGACAUCAAUCCGCCCUUUAUCCCACCGUUUGACUCGAAGACGGACACAUCAAACUUUCACACGGAAUUUACGGACGAGGUCGCCGUUCUCGAGCCCAUUGACGAAAGGAUUGUGGCCCGGAUCGACCAGUCUAAAUUCAGAGACUUUGACUUAACAGAUUAG